AUGGAUAGUUCUUCCUCCGUUACAAAUCGGGACCGAUUAAAACCGAUUUUGCGCGUGAAACAAGAAAAAGUGCAAAGAACCCUUGAAACAAAUGUCCUUAGUUCUCACAGUUAUUAUUCUUUCAAAGGCAUUCCUUUUGCUGCUCCACCAGUAGGCCCAUUGAGGUUUAAGGAUCCCGCACCUCCUGCUUCCUGGGAAGGUGUUCGAGACGCUUCCAAAUGUGGCAAAGUUAGUGCACAGUUGUAUCCGUCAAUACAGGCAUUGCAACCAUCACUUACGUCAAUGGUUAUCGGUAGCGAAGACUGUCUUUAUCUUAAUAUUUAUAUACCGUGCAAUAUUUAUUCAUAAAAAUGAAAUCCAUUUAUGAUUUUAAUUCACGGUGGAGGUUAUAUUUUUGGUACCAGCAACGAUACUUAGGACCGACCUGAUUACCUUAUGACAAAAGAUAUGUCAUUUUAGUGACUAUAAGCUAUAGAUUUGGUGCUUUGGGUAAGAUUUGUGCUUUCAAGAAAACGUAUCUCUUGAAGUUGCUCGAAAAAUUCUUUUAUCACAUAUUUGCGUAAGAUAUAGAGCUGAAUACGUACAUACGUCUAUCGUUUACUGAUAUACAUUUAAAAUUUUUUAAGGUUUCUUUAAUCUUCAUCACGAAGUAGCAAACGGAAACCAAGGUUGAAGGAUCAAGUUGCCACAUUAAAAUGGAUUAAGGAAUACAUCGAAGUUUUUCGCGGAGAUCCAAACAAUAUCAUUGUUUUUGAUGUAAAUGCAGAUAGCA